GUUUAUUAGACAAUUUCUUACCGUAAGGUUGUGUUUCCUGUCUGGACCAAUUAUUGUCGAUUUAUUGACAAUUUCUUAAUAUUUUUCCAACAAUCAUUUAGACCAGCACUGGACAAAAGGAAAAUGUUCAUAGAGACGUGCAUAGCACCAGUCAAUAUAGCUUUAAUAAAAUAUUGGGGCAAACGAGAUGAAGAGCUGAUAUUGCCCAUUAACGACUCGUUGAGUAUGACUUUAAGCACGGAUGAGAUGUGUGCAAAGACAACGGCAUCAGCGUGUUCAACCUAUAAGGAACAUCGAAUGUGGCUCAAUGGCGAAGAAGUACCCUUUGAAGAUAAUCCCCGUGCAAUGAGAUGCUUAAAGGCUUUACAACGUUUGGCACUGGCCAAAGGAGAAUCCCUCAAAUUUCCACUGGAAUGGAAAUUACAUAUUGUUUCGCGUAAUAAUUUCCCCACAGCUGCUGGUUUAGCUUCUAGUGCUGCCGGUUAUGCCUGCCUUGUUUACACCCUGGCCACAUUAUACGGUAUACAGGAUGAAGAACUAACAGCUAUUGCACGACAGGGUAGCGGUUCAGCAUGUCGUAGUCUGCAUGGUGGUUUUGUACGUUGGCAUAAAGGUGAAGCAUCAGAUGGUUCCGAUUCAAUAGCCCUACCCGUUGUAACAUCAGCCCACUGGCCAAAUAUGCAUGUUUUGAUACUUGUCGUCAAUGACAGUCGAAAAAAGACCAGCUCGACGAAGGGUAUGAAGCUGGCUGUUGAAACAUCUGAUCUAAUAAAAUAUCGUGCAAAACAAUGUGUUCCCCAGCGUAUUGAAGCCAUAACAGAGGCGAUCAAACAACGAGAUUUCGAAACAUUUGCCAAAAUAACCAUGCAAGAUUCGAAUCAAUUUCAUGCCAUUGCCCUGGAUACAUAUCCGCCGUGUGUAUACAUGAAUGAUGUAUCACACGCGAUUGCAACGUUUGUGCAUGCCUACAAUGCCGCUGUGGGUCAAACGCGAGUUGCCUACACCUUUGAUGCGGGACCAAAUGCCUGUUUAUAUGUGCUCCGAGAGCAUGUUCCAUCACUUUUACAAGCCAUACAAACAUCAUUCCCUAACGAUGCUGGCAGCAGUGUGGAAUAUAUCAAGGGAAUACCAAUUGAUGAAAGCGCCAGUCCAUCACAGACACCCCCAGCAGCAGAUCCCAUACUUAAUGGUAAUUUUACAUUACCGACAAAUGAACGAAAUCUUCUGAAAUAUAUUAUUCACACUAAAGUGGGUUUGGGACCACAACGUCUAACGAAAACCGACAGUCUUCUAAAUCCAUCAACGGGUCUUCCAUAUUAAAGA